UUCAUUUCGUCUCGAUCGGUCGACCGGUGCGGUUGGGACUCUCCCGGUGAACAGUGUGUUUGUGCGUUUGUGUGUGCGUGUGAGUGAUUGUUCUUUCAUUUGUGUUUGUGUGUAUCAGUACUAGUAACAUCUCAGUCAUGCCCAGUGACGAGCUAGUGGUGCUUCCGGUCCCGAACCUGGACAAAGCGCCCGCCCGCUACGAUAACGAGAUCGACGAGCUGGACGCACACUGUCAGCAAUUAGCGCGGGACUUUCUGCGCGAAAAUGCGACGAUUCGUGACCAGAGCCUGACCCAGCUGCGUGACUGGAUCGCGAAGCAUCCCAACAUCAAGCGCUGCCGCACGGACGCACGCUUUCUGUUGCGCUUCCUGCGCACGAAGAAGUACUCGUUCAUCAACGCGUCGCACAUGCUGGAGCGCUACCUGGCCUGCCGGGUGGUGCAUCCGCACUGGUUCAAGCGGCUAGACAUUGAGGAUCGCGAGAUGUGUGGGCUGGUGGAGGCGGGCUUUCUCUAUCCGCUGCUGGAGAAGGAUGCACGUGGCCGGACGGUGAUUUUCGGCGAUGCGGGCACGCUCGAUCCGAAGGUGUACACGGUUGGGCAUGGCAGCCGGAUGCAUAUGCUGGUGGGCGAAACGCUGUACGAUGAUGCGUCGGUGCAGUGCGCUGGGUUUGUGCUGGUGUACGAUCUGUCCGGCAUUACGAUGGGCAUGCUGGGGCUGGUGACGCUCAGCGAUAUACGCGAUCUGGCGACGUACCUGAACAAUGCGGUGCCGAUGCGCAUCCAGGAGCUACACUUUGUCAACACGCCGAGUUUGGCGCUGAAGAUCGCGAACUACACGCUGGCGCUGAUGAACGAGAAGCUUCGCAAUCGUAUCAUGUGUCAUCGCAGCUGGGAAGAUCUGCACAAAAAGGUGGACAAGCGGCUCAUCCCCCAGGAGUACGGUGGAAAGAUCCCGAAGGAGGAUCACAUUGCCGCGUUCAAGCAGCGCUGUCGCAUCUACCGGCCCCAGUUGCUAGCCCUGGACGAGAUGGACUACGAGGUUGGGCGCGAUAUGGACAGCUGCAAGAAGUCGCAUGUGGCAGAAAUUGAAACCGGAACGGUGGGCAGCUUCCGCAAGCUGCAGCUCGACUAGCGAGCGUGCUUUUAGUUUGUAAUCCAAUCUGUAAUUCUGUUAGACUGUGAUGUAUGUAUCGUGUUGGUUCGUUCGCAAUAUGUAUACUCUCGGGGAUUUCUGUUUAUUUUACUAUUGUAGACAAGUGGGAAUGGUUCGCUUUGUUUCCCCUUCUAUAUGUUUGAGUGUGUGUGUGUGUGUGUAUGGCUAUGAUUGGCAUAUUGAAAUCGAGCUUUGGACCUUGUAGAAAGAGUCACAGAGAGCCGAGAGUAGUGGUAGCGUCUGUUGACAUUACGGGCAAUGAUAAUAAUUAGCACCUGCCGUGAUGCUACCCCGAACGGGUGGGGACGAUGGAACCCCGCAUCGAGUGAAACAAAACGUUUCUAUUUUUUGGACAAAAUUUGAAUUACCCGGCCAGUCCGCAGUCGCCGAUGUGACUAGAAAUGAUAAUCUUUAUUCAAGGAUGACCCUCAGCCAAGGUGUGAAGGAUGAAGUUUGGAUAACACAGCGUCAAUAUUACGCUGUGCCGGUCGCUUCAACGCUUCUUCGGGUGGGUUUUAAUUAACUGUUUACCUGCAAACCUGCAAUCUUUAACGCCCUAAUAAGCUCAUCAUAAUGUAUAUAUUUGUAAACAUCAUUCACUGUGUAGCAAAUAGAACAAUUUUAAUGAAAA